CACAAACCUCCAAAAGAAACACAAAGAUGGCUUCAACAUCGACACUUCUAAUGAAAACAAUCUUCCUCGUACUCAUUUUUGCCUCUUUCGCUAUCGCUCCAGCAACUUCAACGGUGCCGGAAGACUGCGGAAGCGAGUCAGCUAACCCGUGCGUCAACAAAGCUAUAAAGCAUUGCCUCUCAAAAUCAUAGUGAUUGCAACCAUCCUAGUAGCAAGCAUGAUUGGUGUUGGAGCUCCUCUCUUUAGCCGGAACGUGCCCUUCCUCCAACCUGAUGGGAACAUUUUCACUAUUGUUAAGUGUUUCGCCUCAGGGAUUAUCCUUGGAACUGGUUUUAUGCAUGUUUUGCCUGAUUCGUUCGAGAUGUUGUCAUCACCAUGUCUUGAAGAGAACCCGUGGCAUAAAUUUCCAUUCUCCGGGUUUCUAGCUAUGUUGUCCGGUCUAAUCACUUUAGUCAUUGAUUCCAUGGCUACAAGCAUCUACACUAGCAAGAAGGCAGUUGGGAUCGUACCACAUGGGCAUGGUCACGGCCCUGGUAAUGGUGUUACCUUACCAACAAAAGAUGACGAUUCAGAGAGUGCACAACUCUUGCGAUAUCGAGUCAUUGCUAUGGUUAGUACUUAGUACACAUAUGGACGUACUCGAAACCAAAUAUUAAUACUUUAUCGUUUUAAAUAAUGUAUAACUGAAUAUAAAUUUUAUUAAUAUAUAGAUAGGUAUUGGAACUCGGAAUCGUAGUUCACUCCGUGGUCAUUGGACUAUCUCUAGGAGCAACAAGUGACACUUGCACCAUUAAAGGACUUAUCGCAGCUCUUUGCUUCCAUCAAAUGUUCGAAGGCAUGGGUCUUGGUGGUUGCAUUCUCCAGGUAUAUAAAAUUAUAUCUAAAAUUAUCUUCUGUCAAGAUGAUAGAACUGUGUAAUUAAAUGUUUGAAAUAUUUUCAGGCCGAGUAUACGAACAUGAAGAAAUUUCUUAUGGCGUUCUUUUUUUGCGAUAACAACGCCAUUCGGAAUAGCUUUAGGGAUCGCUCUUUCGACAAUUUACAGAGACAAUAGCCCCAGUGCGUUGAUCACUGUUGGACUGCUCAAUGCAUGCUCCGCGGGAUUGCUCAUCUACAUGGCGCUUGUGGAUCUUCUAGCUGCCGAGUUCAUGGGACCAAAGCUUCAAGGUAGC